AUGGCCACAAAGGUCCAGUGCUCCGUACCGCAGUUCAUUGCGAAAUGCCUCGAGGAGAUCGGACUCGAGGGGCGUUGCGGGAUGCCGCUGCGCGACCUCUUUGACGUCAUGGACCCACAUCACGAUGUGGCGUACCGUCGCUAUGCGUGGCAAGUACUGCGGAGCAUGCAGAAGCAGCUGACGUUCCACGUCAUGCGUCCAUUGACGACCCGAGCAGAUGCAAGUACGAGCAAGGAAGACGGCAAGAAGGUGCUGAGCGGCGGGGACGCCGAGAGUCAUGGCACGGCACCACGUCGGAAGCGCAAGUGGAAGACGACGUUGCUCAACACCAUGAACUGCACUUCUAAUGAGAUGAACGGUCGAGCGGACGACGGAGGAAGGCGCGCGUUGAAGCGGCAUAAACACAGGAGCCACGUGCUGCUGCCGGUGAUACCCUCCAUGCGACGUCUUGCAGCCCAAAAGCAUCGUCGGAAGUUGUUGAAAGCGGAUCAUGAAGCUCGAGAUAGAGGUGAGCAUAGCGGUCGACCUAGGAGACGGCGGCGGCAGCGACUGGGAAGUUUUGAUGACCGACGAGAAGGAGGAGGAAGAGGAGCUGAGGUUGAAGCGCAGGGCGUUGACACAAACGGCUUGGUAGUGAAAGGUGAUUUGGACAAACAGCGACGUGAAAAGGAGCAGCUGGUAGUGGCAAGGGUGUGUGAUGUGGAAAUGAAAGACGAAAUAGAAGACGCUGCAGAUGAAACGCAGUGGGUCUUACGAAGUCCACGAGGGUUUCGCCUCGGAGAAGAGGUCGACGUAGGCAAGCUGAGCUAUGAAGAGGUUGUGGCAAGCAACCAGUAUGGCGUGCUUGGUGCCGUAGCUUGCGAAGAAUUACGGCUGAAAUAUUUGGGCGUGCAUGGCGCUAGCUCGAUGGAUACGAUAUCACCACAGUUUGAUCUAUUGGAGAUUAUUGGUCGUGCAAGGGUGCGGGGAGAAAAUGCUGCAACGCUGUCCAAUUCGAAAUUGUUUGGAGAUUCGCGGAAGUUGCACUAUUUGCUGGAUAUGCUGAUUGUGUCGAAUUACGUGGCAAAAAACAUUGUAACAGCCAAUCGACGACGAUUUAACAUCGUCCACUUGCGGCGGUUUGCCAGCAAUUUUCACCCAUCGAUGGUCUCUCCAUCCGCUACCAUGGGCUGGCAAGCAUUCCCGAAAGAAGCCUUGGCGAAUGUCAUCGUAAGCAUGAUGAAAGCACGAAGAGAACGGACUUGUGUGUUUGCAGAUGUCGGGCGUGAGCUCGGUUACGGAAAACGCCAGCAAGAGCAAUUGCGGAACUAUUUCAUCCAGCAGAUGGACGCAAGACCGAGCUAUCCCCUUCAGUUCUUUAUGGCGCGAUGUAAAACGGGUAGUGAGUACAUUGGGCGUAAAUUGUGGUGCAUCCGUCUACGUGACAGCUCGUCUGGUUCGUCUGCUUUGUCCGGUCGGCGGCGAAGUUCACCGUCAGAGACGUACAAAGAGCUUGGAUCUGAUACAAUUGCAGUCGGACGGCCCGUCGUUGAACGUGGCAUCAUGGAGCAAAUGUAUGUGACCAUUCAGGACCGAGGGGAUGUUGGCGCUACGGUACCUGAGCUGCGAGAUAUGCUGGGUGUCCCGACGUUCAAGUUGCCAUACAAGCUGGCGCAGGGAUUGAUUACAAAUUACAAUAUCUCUGUGGAACAAGUUGUUCUCGGCAAGAGUACAAUGUAUCGGAUGUUUGUUCCUGGCGCGGCAAAAGGAAAUGCAAAUAGCGAGCAUGCGACGGUUGGUAGUAGCUCGACGCCGGCUGUCGGCGUGCGGGUAACUCGCGCCACUGAAAAGUAUAGCACACCAAAAGAUGUGGACGGCAACGACGACAGUAAUGGCCAACUUCAACCCGUUACAAUGAAGGAGGCAACGCGAGGGAUAGUACGGGCAUCAACGAUUGAUAGACGACGGAACUACAUUCUGAAGCGGAUACAAAUGGAGAAAGUGGUAUCACUGCAUCAGUUACGCACGGGUCUAAUCGACAUGGAACGAGGGGCGGAAGCAAGUACCAUGGAUAUUCGCUCAGUACACCGCAUCGUCGAUGAACUUGUCGAAGAAAAGAAAGUGACAACAAUGGAUAUUGUCAUGCCGUUGAAGCAGGUUUUCCAGAAAGCACACCGGAAGGUAAAAUGUGCGGUGUUGAUGGGGUACCAACGCAGUCGUGAAGCAAUUCGAGCAUUCAUCGAAUCGUACGAGAUGGAGCAUCACCGGAAGUACCAGGCAAACCUGGUGGACCACGACGAUGAUGACUAUGUCGUGAUUACGAACCGCCGAAAGCAGCGCCACUGCGGGGGUAGUGCAAUACAGGAGAUUCGGGCUCCGGAAACUUGCGAUCAAGAGGUUGUCAAGUACAAUGCAGUGUCUUACAAACUGGCUCGACUUGGGCUAGUGAAGCUACAGAAGCAAAGUCGCAGGCUUGGGAUGCUUUUCGGCAUGAUGUAUAAGUGUCGGGCUUUUCACCUCAUGGUCUGGAAUCGAAUCAAAACUCUGGCGUCUCAAGCUUCCGCUGAAACUACCAAAGCUGCAACAAAUCUUGACGGGCUGCGUCGCGCGGGGAAGUCUACGAACGCUGGCAGCAUGCGGGAGGUGACAUUUGCGCUAAAUGACGUGUUGGAUCUUUUGUCUGUGAAAGAGUAUAUCCAGCUUGUCGGCGUAAUGGAGUUGCUGACUGAUCAAGAAGAGACAGCCGUUCGGUCGGUCAUCUCAAAUAACGGUUCGUGGGACAAGCUGUCUCAGCCGAUUGUAGAAAAGCUGCGGGGCUGUGAAGCAGACCGGUUCUCGAAGAUCAUGCGUGUGCUGCUUGACUUGAGGCUUGUGCAGGUAGUGCGAGAUUCGUCUUCAACAAGCCUUUUCAAUGUAUUCCAGACAUCUGAUGACUUUGAUACGACCGUUUCACGGGUAGCGUUUGCAACGCUAUCAGGAGGGCUGUUCAAGAUCAAGCGUCGCGUCCACAUCAGUGUAAAGCAGGGAACAAACGUGUUGCACCGGCUUCCGUCCGAGUUUUCGUAUGCCUAUGCGCCAGGAUUUUCCUGCAAAAGCAAAAGUGAUCACUUCGUGGGGCGUGUUCCUCUUGAAUUUGAUCUACGUGGAAUGGAUGAUGCAAAAGCAUACUGGAAGUCGCUACGCUUUUUGAGUGUCGAGGGAGCUCGGUUAGGCACGAAGUCGCGCGAAGCGAACAGUCUGAGCGUCAAACUCGAUGGUGCUCUGAUUCAAUCGGCGCCUUUGACAGACCACAACAUCUACGUGCUGAAAGCAUGGGUACCUCACUCGACAACAAACACAACGACCAGCACUGCUCGUGCUAAAGCAGCUGCAGGAUCGAUACAGGCGUUGAAGCGCAAACGCGACCAAGCAGAUGCACCCGGUGCGAAAGCGCUUCCGCAAAAGCGACGUAAGAUUGCUAAGACUAGCGACGGCUCGAAUCCAGCGUUGACAGCGUCGGUUCUUACAAGUGAGGCUGGCGUUAGCAAGUUUUGCAAGCAUCUAGGCGCAAAGAAAACUCGCCGCACUCAUACGUGGACGCUAGACGAAGAUCUGCAUUUGGUUGAUCUUUACGUUGAACAAGCAUCGUGUCAAUGGUUCAUUGAGGUACCGUUAGCGCUACAAACGAAAGGAGAGCAAGUUGCGUUUCGGAGUGCAAAGCUGUCUCGCACUUUGAUACCUUGGAAGGAACUCGGGAGAGUGUUUAAGAAGAAGCCGGUCGAAUGUAUGUUGCGCGUAAACGAUCUGCUUGAAGCACCGGAUAUUUAUGCAAGGCUAGAAAGAGCCAAAGGUGCAAUAACGCGAAUGAAGAAUCCUGGUGGAGAAUUUCAUGAGGAGGUCGCAAUCAUGCGCCAACCGCGAUUGACCGCGCUGCUUUGCCGGGCCAUGCAAGUCAUUUUACAUGACCGAUCCAGCUACUACUCAGUUAUGGCGGAUAGGCUCAUGAGCAACUGGAGAGAGAGUGAGGUGAAAUUGGUAUGGCGGUAUUUAUGGUUGGCUGGAUUGAUCACGCGAACUCCCCAGGCAAAUGAAAGCAAGGACCAAAAACAGCGUGGUUUUCAAGUCCACUCCAAGGUAUUCGAGAUGAAGAGUUUGAAGAUCUCGUGUUACUCAAUAGAGACGUUUUGCGAAGCCGCUAAAUAUUUAUCCUUCGUCAACGAGAAUGUUGACGAAGCCACGAUGAUUGCCGAAGAAAACGAUAAUCAUUAUGAACAGGAGGUUGGCGUGAAUAUGUCACGAGGACAAGUUGCUCUGGCGUUAUCUUCGAUGGUUUCUGGGUUUUUACAUCUUGUUCCAGCGUUCGUUGCGCCAAACAAGCGCGUGGAAGAGCGCGAAAGUGUGCGAGUGGUAGCUGUGAAAGGCUUAGCAGGUCAUUUAUCACAACAGUGGGAUGGAGUAUUCCCGGAAGAUUUUUUGAAAGAGUAUUGGGCUGUGAAGUCCAUUUUUGGAAUCUCGGACAUGGAAACGAGAGCGCAGACAAUCAAGGCAAUGCAGUCCUUUACUGAGGGCACAUAUACCCACCUAGAAGCAGACUGGUGUUCCUAUGCCGAACGACAGAAAGACGCAACGCAGCAUUUGUCUCAGUCUUGGUUGCUGAGCACGUUAACCGAAGCUGCAGGUUCAGGCAUGACACUCGAUGAGUUGCGCGAACGGUAUGCAGAAAUUGGACCUGCAGAAAAGUCGAAUUGCAAAACUGAAGCGACCGUGUUGAUUCAGCGCGAGAUGGACAAAAUGAUCCAAGAAGGUAAAGUGCUCGAGGUGAAUGGGUACGACCGAAUUCGCUUUGUGCUCCGAAAGUUUUCAGAUCUCUGGACACUGCAUAGUUACCGGGUUACAAGUGACUCGGUAGCGGCGAAGGUGCGCUUCCUUUUCGAUAAGGAUGUCACUGUUGUCGCACGUCCGUGGCUUCUUCUGGAUGGCAGCGUCAAUACAAAGAUAGCGCUCAAAUUGAAACGGAAGGUUGUAAACAUUAUCAUGUGCUGUCCUGGCAUCCAAGACGGCGCUGUCCACAAAAGAAUGCGCAAGGUCGUUAGCUUGCAGGACAUGCGCUCGCUCUUAGAAGAACUGAUCGUCAGUGAGGUCAUCUACGCGAGAGUAUUCCGCGACUCCCAGCCGCCAGUCACCAGCGUGUUUUCCAGAUCGGAGGGUACUCGAAAUCGCAGAGUCAGCAUCACGACCUUGUUGCCCGGAGAACUGCGGUACCUUGACUUUUCCCGAGACCGCCUUCACUACUUUCCAUCCGUUAAUUGCAUGGAGCUUUUUGGUGCAGAAGCGUGUGACGCUGAAAUUUGGUGA